UCUUAGAAAUAGAAUAACACUUAAUAAGUCUUCGUAUUUAUCAUACUCUGAAACGAUGCUUCUCAUGAUGUUUCUUCUCCUAACAGUGAGAGCAACGUUCGCAGCCGGUGAUUGCCCAGAAAAUUAUUUUUGGGACGGUAAAAAAUGCAGCGUUUGCUCAGGCUGCACCCUUGGGUUUGGUUUGAAAGAACCUUGCACAAAAACCAAAAACACUGAAUGUCAACCUUGCAUUCCUGGCUAUGAUUACUCGGACAGCACAGGGAUGGAGGAGUGCAUAAAGUGUGAUACAUACUCCAACUGUUUACCUGGACGAUCUAAAAAGAUAACAAAGUGUACAAUAUUUUCUGGACACACUUGUGACGGAUGUGAAGAAGGAUAUUAUCACCACCAAGAUGUUGGCUGUGAUAAGUGUUCGCCUAAAUGUGAUGCUAUGACCGAGGACGAAAUACAGGCAUGCACAACUAAGCAUAACCGCGUUUGUGCACCAAAACGAGUUUUGCCUAAAACUCCUCCUAUCUUCAGUAAUGACUCAAAAGGAGGUCAUCCUAACAACACUACCAAUGACAAGGAUGACGAGAUACCACCAGAUGGUCCUAAGCUGGAAGAAUCUAAAACAAAUCAGCCACGAGAGGAAAAUUCAAUCUCUGAAAAUCUGUGGCCUUGGGUUCUACUCAUGGUGAUAGUCACGGUACUAGUGGUCAUAGGCUUCAUAGGGAUUUAUAAAAUAAGAAGUCGAAGAAAUCGUCCAGCUCAGCCAGAAGGCGAUGUCAAUACACAUAACACAGAAGAGAACAUCGCUUUGCGCGAGCAAACGAUUCCGUUGAUAACUGAAGGUGGUGUGGAUGCUCAUGACACGAGGGAAACUUUCUCUUUGGGGCCAAGGCAUGAGUUAGAGCAAUUGGAUUCAGGUGGGGUGGAUGCCCUUGAACCUUCUUCAGAAGAUCUCAACAGACAAAAAGCUCUAGGCUUGGAUCGCCCGAUUAAAGAUUUAAGGAUUAAAGAAAAGAAGCAAAUCAAGAAUGACCUGAGUGGCAAAGACAUUGAAGGUUAUUUUUACUGGCAAAGUAUUGCCGAAGAACUUGAUCUUAAAGAUGAGUCCAGAGGAUGGGAAGGAGCGCAAAAUCCAAUUGAAAACCUUCUCAAGGCAUUUGGCGAAAAAGAGGGGAGCACCAUCAGAGGACUGGUAGAAGCUACUAGGAGAGCUGGGCUGACGCAUUGUGCGAGUCAGUUGGAAAAUCAAUUUGAUACGGCUCCAAGAAAUGAGGCUGAUUCUGCUAUUAAUGUGCCUGAGUACACAGGAGAAGAAACUGACGCGAAUGAUAUUGCUGAUACAGCUGUAUGACCAGCACUCCUGUGUGAAAAAGUAAUGUUUUGGUGAAUACAUAGCCAUAACCUUGUUUUCUAAGUAAUUCUCUAAUCAGCAACUGAAUUCCACCUUGCCAUGUGUCUGUUCCGUUAGUAACAGGUCACGCUUUAGGUCAAAAUGCUGUAACAACAGAAUACAAUAUAAGUAGCUCGAGGAUCAUUGAGGUAUCUAUUUUAUGUUGAAUACUACUUCCUCCAUGAUUGGCUGUUAAAGACCGUACAGACACGCGGCUGAAGUCUUAGAAAAAUGUGUACUUUGUUUUGUCCGCAUUGAAGUUCUAUUUGCAUUUUUUUAUCAUUUAUUUAUUUAUUUAUUUUUAUUAUUGUGACAUUUCUCAGCAUUAAGCGGGCGAAGGCUUCUAAAAAGUUAAACAAAACAAAUUUACGUCCUUGAGUCUAGAUAAUGUCGAACGCAGCAUGACUUUAUCGCCCCUGAAGAGAAGGAAGGGUAAGGUGGGGGGUGGAGUAAGGUGGGGGUGGCGCAAGGUGAUCCUUGUGUACUGAUUCACUAAAAUGUCACCCAAGCCUUCCAGAAAUUUGAAUCGAAUUGAUAGAUAUUAUUGCUUUCUUUAAAAAAAAAUUCCAUCUAAAAAAUAAUGUGCAAAUUUCAAGUUAAUUACUGACUGACAAAUGCAAUUAUUUAUGCUGCAAUUUUAAUUUA